GUUGUUAGUAUCGUCGAUUCGGAAGAGCGUCAAAAUAUCUUGGGGAAACCAAUUUAAUCACAUACAACUGCGGGUUCCGUGUGGUUUUUCAUUCGCUUUCCUCUCGUGUGCUUGUGUGUGCCGCAAAAACAACUAAAUUAGUGACGCUUAAUUGCUAAAUUAUUCAAGUGACAAAUUUACUUUAAAGAAAAAAAGCCUUAAGAUGUUGGAUGUUCCACAUGAAGCUAAGGUGCGCGGCCACUCGCGAGCACCGUCCGACUCAAAGGAGUUCCACGAGGUGACCAAACGGGAUGCCCUGCGGCUGCUGGAGCACGAUGUGGACCGUCUGCUGGAGACCACGGAGAAGGCCCGCCAGCCUGCCCUCAAGGCGGAAAUGGAACGUUUCGCCGACCUGUUCGGACGCUUCAUUCAGGAAGAGGGUCCCGCUUUGGACUGGAACAAGAUCCAGAAGCUUCCGGAAAAUGCCGUGGAGAACUACUCGAAUCUUAAGGCGCCCAAGAACGAGCAGAAUGAGAUCCGCAACAUGCUGGACAAGUUGGUGGUCAUCAAGCUUAACGGUGGUCUGGGCACCUCGAUGGGUUGUCAUGGUCCCAAAAGUGUGAUUCCCGUGCGUUCGGAUCUGACCUUCCUGGAUCUGACCGUCCAGCAGAUCGAGCAUCUGAACAAGACUUACGAUGCCAACGUGCCGCUGGUGCUGAUGAACUCUUUCAAUACCGACGAGGAUACCGAGAAGAUUGUGCGCAAGUACAAGGGUUUCCGGGUGCAGAUCCACACCUUCAACCAGAGCUGCUUCCCGCGCAUCAGUCGCGAGCACUAUCUGCCCGUGGCCAAGGACUUUGAGAUCGAAAAGGACAUGGAGGCUUGGUACCCACCUGGUCACGGUGACUUCUACGACACCUUCCGCAACUCUGGUCUGCUGAAGAAGUUCAUCGAGGAGGGCCGCGAGUACUGCUUCUUGUCCAACAUCGAUAACCUGGGCGCCACUGUGGAUUUGAACAUCCUCAACAAGCUGGUGGGCGAGGAAAGGGCCAAAACUCCCGUGGAGUUUGUCAUGGAGGUCACCGACAAGACCCGUGCUGAUGUUAAGGGUGGUACUCUCAUCCAAAUGGAGAACAAGCUACGCCUGCUGGAAAUCGCCCAGGUGCCCCCAGAGCAUGUGGAUGACUUCAAGUCGGUCAAGACCUUUAAGUUCUUCAACACCAACAACAUUUGGGCCAACCUGGCAGCAAUUGAUCGCGUUCUGCGUGAGCGCACCUUGAACAUGGAGAUCAUCGUGAACAACAAGACGCUGGAGAAUGGAACGCGUGUCAUUCAGCUGGAGACUGCUGUGGGUGCGGCCAUGAAGUGCUUCGAUGGCGCCAUCGGCAUCAAUGUGCCCCGCUCCCGUUUCUUGCCCGUGAAGAAGUCGUCCGAUUUGCUGCUGGUCAUGUCGAAUUUGUACACCCUGAAGAACGGCAGCCUGGUGAUGUCGCCACAGCGCAUGUUCCCCACCACGCCGCUGGUCAAGCUGGGCGAGAACCAUUUCUCCAAGGUGAAGGAGUUCCUGGGCCGCUUCGCCAACAUCCCGGACAUCAUUGAGCUGGAUCACUUGACCGUGAGCGGUGAUGUCACCUUCGGACGUGGUGUUUCCUUGCGCGGCACUGUCAUCAUCAUUGCCAACCAUGGCGACCGUAUCGAUAUCCCUGCCGGCGCCAUUCUGGAGAACAAGAUCGUAUCCGGCAAUAUGCGCAUCUUGGACCACUAAACCAAAUCCACUGCAAUUGGAUGUCGUCUCACUAACUGUAGCCUAAUUUUCUAAGUUCUAUGUAGUAGCCAUGUUCGCGUUCCAAAUUUCUAAUUACGAAUUUCAUUUAGCCAAUUGUUGUAAGCACAAAGUGUGUCAUCUGUAUAUAUCGUUAAGUAGAAGCCAGUCAUGGUUUUUUUAAAUCAAAAACGAAUCGCAAUAUGUUUUCAAAAAUGUUAGUCGUAGUCGUUCGAAUGAGAUAUAAAAAAGAUAGCAGCUGUUAAAACUCAAUAAAGGCAUGUUUAUUUCUAUAAAUA